AUGGACGCGAGGUUCACCUGGAUGCUCUGCGUGCUCUGCCUGGUCAUCACAGUCCGAGCGUUUACUCAGGAAGGGUUCAAGGAGGUGUUGCUGAAGCAGCUGGGGCUCUCUGAGGUCCCUAAACUCCAUAAGAGAGACUUGGUGGAUCUGGUUAUCCCAGACCACGUAAAGAAUAAAUACAUCUCCAUGCUGAAGCGCCACAGGGUGAAGCGCCGAGCUUUGCCGAGCCUGGCUGGCAUCCUCAGGGGGAUCCCCGGCAACGCAGGCAUGGCAGGAGAAGUCCUCUACUCUGACACCACCACGCGCCAGAAGCUGAUCUUUGACAUGGAGGGCAGAAUACCUAAAAACAGCGAAGUGACAAUGGCUGAACUGAAACUCUUCAAAAAGCCUCUGGAAAGAGCAAACCUGCCUGCCAAGCAGUCUCACAGGCCCGUCUCCAAUGCCAGAGUCAGCGUGUACUGGGUGCAACCACAGCAGGAUGGUACCAACAGGACCUCCCUGGUAGACUCCCGGCUGGUCCCUAUACGCGAGUCGGGCUGGAAGAACUUCGACGUGACGCAGGCCGUGCAUUACUGGCUGCGAAACAAGAGGCGGGAGCCAAUGUUCCUGGAGGUCUGGAUUGAAGGCGAAAGGGUAGGCAGCCAUGCCUCAGAAAUGGCCAGAGCGGUGCGUUUCACCUCGCAGGACCCCAGGGAUAAAGCUGCAGGCAAACCCGAACUGGUGCUUUACACCCUCGACUUGGAAGACUAUGGGGGCCCUGGGGACUGCAAGGAGGAGGCGGUGACGGGGAAGUCCACCUGCUGCCGGCAGAAACACUACAUCAGCUUCCGCGAGCUCACCUGGACGCAGCACUGGAUCAUCGAGCCGGCAGGGUACCAGGCGUACCGGUGCUCGGGGGGGUGCCUGCGCCCGGUGCGGCGCUUCGGCUACGGGCAGCGCACCUGCGCCCUGGCACAGAGCUCCCCGCUCCCCGUGAUGUACCUCGUCAAGAGGGGCAACCGCACCGAGAUCGAAGCGGCCGAGUUUCCCAACAUGAUCGUCGAGAAGUGCAGCUGCGUCACGGACAGCAGGGCGCUGGUGUGA